AUGGAUUCCAAACCACUAUCCAAAGAUUCUAUGCAAUCAACAUGGCGCACAGCCCCUCGCAGCGAAUGGAACAUCAGUCAUUACCUGCUCGACGUGCUUAACGCCCACCCCAUCGACCUAAACAAGGAGAUCCCAGUACACAACAAAGACGAAAAAGUGCCAUACAUGCCUCAGUGGUCUCUCCAUCGCUGGGUUCUCUUCUACUCCGCCCUCCCCCUCCUCCUCCACGAGACCUACAUGUCAUUCACCGGCCGCACCAUAGGCCCAAUUACCGCCUUCAACUUCUACUUCUUCGCCUUCAACGCAACAGUAAUCUACCAAGUCCACAUCCUCCGCCGUCUAGGCCACAAACACGGCUUUCUAGACGGCGACAAGCACGAACGCGACGGCGUCCCCGACGUCGGCGUGACCAAAGUAGUAUCUUCUUUAUACAAAACAACCGGAUCCCGACUGAUCCUCUCAAUCUUCCUCUCCUAUACCCAAACCCAAAAGCCCUCACAGAUGUCCUGGGCUUGGCUCCCCCUUGAAAUAGGAUUGUACGGCAUCGUGCUCGACUUCUGGUUCUACUGGUACCAUCGACUAAUGCACGACGUGAGCUAUCUAUGGAAAUACCACCGAACCCACCACCUCACUAAACACCCGAACCCGCUCCUCGCCGCAUAUGCAGACCACGAGCAGGAAUUCUUCGAUAUGGUCGGCGUACCGGUGAUGACGUACUUUAGUUUGAAAUCAGUCGGUCUACCGAUGGGGUUCUAUGAGUGGUGGAUUUGUCAUGAAUAUGUCGCGUUUGCGGAAGUUUUCGGACAUAGUGGACUGCGGGUUCAUUCGACUGUGCCGUCGACGUUGAGUUGGUUAUUGCAGAUGUUCGAUACGGAGAUUGUGAUUGAGGAUCAUGAUUUGCAUCAUCGGAAGGGUUGGAGGAAGAGUUAUAAUUAUGGUAAGCAGACGAGAUUGUGGGAUCGGAUCUUUGGGACUUGUAUGGAGCGUAUUGAGUCUGUGAAGGGGAAUGUGGAUUAUGAAAAUACGGCCAGGAUGCCUUUGUUUUAG